AUGGAAGGAUUGGCGCGUGUUUUUCUCGUUGGCGGCAAUUCAAAAGCUGUUCGUUUUGAUGAGCAAACUACUGUAGAGGUAAUCAUUUUUGAAUUUUAUUAUUUGAAAAAAAAACAUAUAUAUCUGGAAUUCCAGUUUGUGUUUAUAUGUAUUUAUAACAAAUUUAUUUUUCAUCAACAACAAUUGUCGUCAAAAAUCAACAGACACUCAUUUUGAGAGAUAGAUUUUAUUAUUUUUUUCACAGACCUUGAUUUUACACUUAUAAAAAGUAUAACACUGAAAAAAUGGACACAUUUGAAAAAAAUCUUGUCGAAAAUAAAAAUGAAACAAAUGAAACAAAAUAAAUUUUCGACGUGAACUGUUUUAUUGGACAAUUCCAUUUCUUAUAUUAUUCAUCUAAAUUCUUCUGCGAGAAAUCUUGGAAUUUUUGGAUGAAAACUAUUUAUAAACAAGAAAAUAAAUAUUGUCAUAAAAUUUUAUUCACAUAUAAAUGCGAUUUUCUUCCCUUUCACGCGUAUGCGAAAAGAAAAAAAACUCAAAUAAAAUUUCCAGCGGGUAAUUCAAGUGGUCGCCAGAGGAAUUGGUAUAUCUCAAGUAGCUGUUGCUCAUUUCGCACUUCGUCUUGUUACUGGUCCAUCUCCACAGACCGCAGGUUCAGGAGAUUCAUUAUGGCUUCAUCCAUUGCUCAGAAUAGUGCAAAUGCCUCAUAUUUAUUCAAAACAUUUGCCAAUUGGAGUAUCGGAUGAAAUAAAGUGAGUUACCAAAAAAAAAGACAAAAAUUGUCUGAUCUCGGGCGGGCUCGAACCGCCGGCCUUCUGUGUGUUAGACAGAUGUGAUAACCACUACACCACGAGAUCGCAUGUUGAACCCAGUCUUCUUCUCAUAUUUAUAAUGUGUGUGCGACUCUUUUUCUCUACCUCUGCCUGGAGGCAAUGAAUGUGUGUGUUUUUGCAGAAUGGAACUACGAAUGAGGUUUAUGCCACAAAGUGUGUAUGAAUUGCAAGUUACCGAUUCGAAUGCUUUCAUUUAUUUACACGAACAGGUUUGUUGAAUACUGUAUUUAAAAAACUAUCUUCCAAAUAAAUUGUUUCAGGUGGUAGAAGAAUUUUUCAAUCAUGUAGCUUGGAGAUUUUCUGUCGAUGUUGCACUCGAAGUUUCUGCUCUAAAAGUUUGUCGAGAAUUUGCAGAACAUAAAAGAGAAGCCGAAUUAAGUGAUGUGGAUUUAGAAGCUUGUAUUCAAACACUUAUUCCAAAUGUUCUCCAUAAUCCAAGUAUUAAACAUAGUCAACUCAAAAAACAGUUUGCUGCAUUUAUAAAAAAGUUUUCUUCAACUUCACAAAAUGAAUCAAUAAUAAGAAGUCUUGCUCUUCUUUUGGAUGUUGUCAAAUUCGAUAUUGAAGUAUUCAAAGCGAGUCUUGGAACAGGAUGGUCUAAUCCAGUUGAAUUAGUUGUUGGACCACAUACUGGAUUAGCUUAUCGACUUAACGAAAGAUGUGAUGUAAGUAUAAAAAAACAACAAAACGAGUAAUUGGAAAAAUAGUAAUAUUUAUUCAGACUUCUCGUUUAAUCGAACUUCGAACAAUUUGUGAUAUUUCAUAUCGUAAAAUGGAAAAAAGUUCUGAAAAAACACUUAUUCAACUAAAAUUAUCAGGAGGUGCUCAACCAGUUAUGAUAACAUUAUCAACAGAAGAAAUGGCGCAUUCUUUGGCUCAUCUUUUAGAUGGUUAUCAAAUUUUAUAUAAUCAAAGAGAUAGUGUUUUUAGAAUUAAAGGAAUCGAAAGAUGUCAAUCUUUAGUUAUAAAUGGUAUUCCAUCUUCAUUACAAAAAGCCAAUAGUGUUCAAGGUAUUCAUUUAUUUUUGAUGGAAUAAAUAAAGAAAAACUAUUUUUUCAGUUGAUAAUGAUAUACGAAUUCGAAGAGAAUUAAUAACUUUGAAAGAUUUGAUUGGUGGAGGACAAUUUGGAAAUGUAUAUAAGGCAAUUUAUCAAAAUCCAGAAACUGAUGAAAAAAUGACAGUUGCUGUAAAAGUUUGCAAAACUGAUGCCGAACCUGCUGAUACACAACUUAUUCUCCAAGAAUCAAGUUAGUUUUUCAAAAGUACAGUAGUCCUCAAAAUCCAAAAAAAACGUUAGUUUUUAAAAAACUACAGUAGACCUGAAUAUCGAAAAAGACAAAGUUAGUUUCUGAAAUACAGUAAUUUUUUAAUUUCCAACAAAAAAAAAUGAAUUUCAGGUCUAAUGCGUAAUUUUCGUCAUGCUCAUAUAAUAUCAUUAAUUGGUGUUUGUGUUGAUAGUCCAAUGUGGCUUGUUAUCGAACUUGCUCCAUUUGGAGAAUUACGAGAAUAUUUACAACAAGAAAAGGAUUGGCUACCAAACAAAACCCUUAUAUUAUUUUGUUCUCAAAUCUGUGAUAGUCUUGUUUAUUUGCAUUCAACUCGAUUUGUUCAUCGCGAUAUUGCAGCUCGAAAUAUUUUAGUUUGCUCUCCUCAAUGUGUUAAACUAGCUGAUUUUGGAUUAUCUCGUGCACUUGAUUAUGAUGCUGUUUAUACAGCUUCUCGAGGAAAAUUACCAAUAAAAUGGUUGGCACCAGAAUCCGUAAAUUAUAGACAAUUUAGUAUGGCAUCAGAUGUUUGGAUGUACGGAGUUUGUGUUUGGGAAAUAUUUUCACUCGGUAUAAAACCUUGGAUUGGUGUAUCAAAUGCUGAUGUUAUAAUGCAUAUUGAACAAGGUGCACGUCUUCAAUGUCCCGAUAAAUGUCCGCCAUCUUUUUAUAAUUUUCUAAGAAAUCGAAUUUGGGCAAUCGAACCACAUAAAAGGCCAACUAUUGAUCAAAUAUUUGGAAUUGUUUGUGAUGUCAAAAGACAAAUUGACAGAAAUUUUGAAAAUGAUCAGAUUUUUGUUGGAAAAUGUGUCAAUGUGAGUGUUGAUCUACAUUUUUAUUUUUUCAAUCAAAUAAUUCAUUUGUUUUUCAGCCAGCUGGUGUUAUCGUUGCUGAAAUGUCAAGUCUUCCAUCUUUAACACUUUAUAGAACAAUGGAAGAACAAAAAAGACAAGCGGAAGAAAAUGAAAAAUGGUUGGAAAAUUCAGAAGGUGAAGAAGAAGAGGAAGAUCUUCAAAGUUCUGAAGCAUCAUCUUCGGUUGAAGGAUUAUAUGAUAAAACAAAAGAGCUUCGAAAAUCAGUUGAUGGUGUUUGUGAUGCUGUAACUCGUCUUCAAAAUUCUUUCAAUAAUCUAACACAUAAUGAUGAUUUUCUACAUUUUGUUAAAGAUGUGACAAGUCAUCUUCGAGAAAUGUUAACUUUUGCAUCAAAUUUAUCACCAAAAACUGCAACACAAAGAACUGAAGUUGAUAUGACAAAAACAUUGAUUGCAAAUGAUAUGAAACAAAUGAGUCGAGUUAUGUCAAAACUUCAAACUGCAAAAGAUGAAUCAUUUAAUAGUUUACGUCGAGAUGUUGUUCGAAUUUGCGGAGAACUUGCUGUAAAUUGCACAACACUUCAUCUUCAAUUAACCGCUAAUCCUUCACUUGAAAAUCAAUUUUCAGCAUUACUCACAAAUUGUUGA